AUGGCUCUGGAUCCAACAGCCUUCAAAACCAUCGUCCCGUCCCGGUACAUCACCUUCACAAUCCCAAAUCUUUUGCUUCAUCUUCAUCACUUCAAUGCUUCUCAACUCCGCGUUGCGGUUCUUGAUUCUCCGGCGCCUUCAGAACCCGUUCAAAUCGCUGCAAUGUUGGUUCCGAUCGGCCGGGAAUCCGAUUGGUAUUUUUCAACCGAACAAGGUCAUCUUCAACUCAUACUUAACUUCCCUCAGCUCUCUCGACUUGUUUUAAUUGGGAAUUCGCCAAAUUCUACGAACCCCACUUCGUAUAAUCCCCUGUUAUGUACCGAUGGUGUGGCGGAUUUGUCUGUUGUUGAAGAGAAUUUGAUGCCAUUGUUGAUUGAGUUGAUACCCAGAUCGGCAUUUUGUCGAACAGGUGAUGGGUUAUGUGAAAUUCCAUUUUUGAGCUAUGAAGAUGAGGUGAUUCGGAGUUUGGUGUUGGAUAGAUGUGUUGGGGAGUUUGUUGGAGAGAUGUUGAUUGAAGAUGUUGAGUUGGAAUCGGAAGAUGGGGGUGGUAGAGAGUUUAGAAGGAGAUUGAGGUUUAAGAGAAUGCCGAAUUUGGUACAAACACAGAUAAAGAUCCGACCCAAGAACGACGAUUUUGUUAACAUGGAGGAAGUAGAAUUUGAGAUUGUUGAUGAUGGGGUGUUAGUUCAUCCUUAUUUGACUCCAAUGGUGGCGGGUCUUUCAGUAAUCCAAUCAUUCUUGGACGCGAAAAUUGGAAAUGGGAUAAAGCCAAAAGCUCUAUGUUUGGGUGUUGGAGGAGGGGCACUUCUUGGUUUUUUAAGCUCUCAAUUAGGAUUCCAAGUCUUGGGUAUUGAGGCUGAUAAUGUUGUUUUGGAGGUAGCAAGGAGAUACUUCGGGUUGGAACGUGGUAACUCAAUACGUUUAUGUGUUGGAGAUGCACUAGACAUGAUUGGGAAAUUCGCGACUCAAGUUGAAAGUGAUGGUUUUCGUGGUUACGUUUUGGAGAAUGAUGAGCAUGUGAAUGAUUUCGAUGGUAAAUUUGAUGUGAUCAUGGUUGAUUUAGACGCGACUGAUUCUAAUAUAGGUAUGAGUGCUCCUCCUUUAGCGUUUUUCCAGAAAUCCGCGUUGUUGGCCAUAAGAACAUUGCUUAGCAAAGAUGGUGUUGUCAUCAUAAAUGUGAUUCCUUCAAACCAGACAUCUUACAAGCUAGUAAUCACUGAAUUCAAAGAAGUUUUCGCUGAGUUAUAUGAGAUAGAUGUUGGAAAUGAAGAUAACUUUGUUCUUAUUGCCUCAGCUUCAGAAAUCGGACAUGUCUCCGUUCACCGUCAAAGUAAAUUUCUAAAGAAGUUGAAACAAGUAUCAGGAUCUUUUCUGGACUCUAUAAGAUUGAUCUGAAAGGGUUCUUGGUAUCUCAAGUAAAAUUGUGCAGCAUAUGGAGUAAUUUUUUUUGCUCAAGUUUUCAAUAGAAACGACAAGCCAGGACAAAGGCAAAUAUAAUGUUUUUUUUGGAUGAUAGAGAAACCAAAUUGUAUAAAGUUUGAGUUACGAGAAUUACAAACAUGAAUCUUGCU